AUGCCGUUCCCAGAGCUAUUUCAGCUUCCAUAUGAUCGCGUGUCACCAAAGGAUAAAGAUAGUUUUGCCUAUACGACAUUGGUAAAGCGAUGGCCUGUCGUUCUCACCAACGUGGUGUCAGCUGUCGCAAAUGCCAAUCACGAAUUAUCAAUGAAACCCACCAGUACAAGUGAAGCUAAACUUACAGAAGGAAAGAAGAUUAUCAGUCAAAUCAGUCAAAUGAAAUAUGAUAUGGGCCACAAUGCAGCUUUGACACCUAUAUCAACUGAUGGUGACAUCAAUCAAGGUUGUUAUAACGAUGAAUUGAACACAUAUCCAGAUGAAGAUAGAAGAUGGAGCACUAUGAAUUGGCUCUUCGCUGAAUGUUAUGUAUACCGUCGUCUUCGAAGCUAUUUCGCCUCAACGGUUCAUUGGAAAGAGUAUGAUCCAUUCUUUGAGCAAAAAGCUGAAACAUAUAAAUCGAGCUCAACAGCUAUCGUUCACCUCGCAAAAGCAAUAAAUCAGGCUGUAGAGGAAAAAGAGGACUUUGACAAAGAUUACGAGAAACCUGGUUCCGCUCUGGAGAUUGCGUUCUUGGAAAUGGUACAAGCUGAUCUAUGGGGAAACGCUACCGAUCUCUCUCUGCUUAUAGACCUCAAAUUUGAAGAUCUACAAAAGCUACAGGCUGUAGGAUCAGCAGCUCAAGCUGAACAGGCAAAGUUCAUUUUGAGGAAUGACUUGAGCAAAACAUGGGAUCACCUGAAGACUGUUAAGAAUGCAAGAGUUGACUUUAUUCUGGACAAUGCCAUCGGAUUCACAGCUGGAUUUGAGCUUUUCACGGAUCUCAUUUUAGCAGAUUUCUUGGUUUCUUGCACACCUUUUGUAGAUCAAGUGAUAUUCCACCCCAAAGCGAUCCCUUGGUUCGUCUCAGAUGUCCUCCCAUACGACUUCUCUUGGGCAAUCGAAUCCCUUCUUGAUACAUCAUUCUUUGCAUCUCACGCGUCCACCCCUCUUUCAUCGGAAGAUUUAGAUGGAUUGAAAACUUUAGCAACAAGAUGGAAAACUCAUUUAUCGACUGGCAAAUUCAAAUUAUCGGUGCCGGAAGAUACGAAACUUGGAAAAGCCACGGCGUUAGGUAGAUUCUGGACUACUCAAUAUGCUUUCCAAGAUUUACCACAAAUAGCACCUGGUACUUUGGCUGAAUUGAGGAAAUCCGAUUUAGUGAUUUUCAAAGGUGAUCUGAAUUACAGAAAAUUGGUAGGAGAUGCUUGGUGGCCUACGACUACCCCUUUCGAAACUGCUCUUGGGCCCCUGGCAGGAAAAAUAACUUUAUUGAGUUUACGAACCAAUAAGGCAGAUACUAUCGUUGGAUUAGAGGAAGGUGUAGAAGAGAGAUUAAAUAAAGAAGCCCCCGACUGGAGAGUAUCAGGAAAAUACGCCGUGGUAUCCUUUUCCAAGAAACGAUGA